ACCUAAACCCAUAUAAUCGAUAAAAUUGUGUUUCCCAUUAUUUUUUCUUGAUCGUUCUCGCCAUCAUGAUUUCGUCCUUCACACACGAAAUCGAGCACAAUCCAGUACCCGAAGAUGUUGGCAAAAUCAAAAUCAGUGUUAAUACAACCAAAAUAUAUCGAAGUAUCAGCAAUUGGGACCUCUAUGAAGAACAAAAAGAAUUCUCGUGUAUCCCGGUUUCUUUACGUGAAUGUAUUGACGUAGAAGUUACCGAAUUCUUGACGCGAUCAGGAGAAAUCACUCCCGUAGAUGCUUACAAUGUGUUACUAGACUUGUUUCGAUUUAUCGAUGAAGUAACUUCUUCUGAUGAUUAUACUCCAGGUUGUGCUUUAAGAGUGUUGAUGACUCUUACUAUCGGUAUUCCUUCUGAACAAAUUGAAGAAGACGUUUUAGGUUUAGAGGAUGAGCACGAUGUUAUCUUUGAAUUUGAUCAUCAAACUGAAGAAGCAGCUCGACCUCACGUUGAAGAUGUUGUUCAAGUCUUGCUCAAUGAGACCGUUGAAGAAGAGGUCUUUGGUUUCGAAAAUGAGGGAGAUGUUACUUUUGACUCUAAUCAUCAAACUGAAGAAGCAGCUCCAUCUCAGUUUGUAGAAGUCUUUCGAAUCUCGUUCAAUGAGAUUAGUGAAGAAGAGGAUCUAAGUUUGGAGGAUGAGCACGAUGUUAACUUUUCCUAUGAAGAAGCAACUCCAUCUCAGCUUGAAGAAUUUGUUCCAUUCUACGGGUUGCCACGCUUAUUGGUUCAGCAUGAUGUUAGCUUUGACUUUGAUCAUCAAACUGAGGAAGCGUUUCGUUCUGAGAUUGCAGAAGUUUUUCGAGUAUCGUUCAAUGAGACCAAUACUGUCAGGUUAAAACCUGCGAGCAAGCUCGCUGUCGGUUCUUUGAACAGGAAAAUAUACAAGAAGGCUAGCGAUGUCGUCGAUGAGAAUGCCAUGUGCACUAUUUGUUUGGAAGAGUUUGAUGACGGAAGGAGUAUUGUGACUUUACCGUGUGGACACGAGUUUGACGAGGAGUGUAUUGAAGAAUGGUUUGUGAGAAGUCAUAUAUGUCCAUUGUGUCGUUUCGAGUUGUCACGUGAAAAAUGAAAGUUGUUUCAAAAACAUGAGCAUAACAACUUUGAUUUAAAUGGAUGAUCUGUUUAUUUUCUAUUAUCCUCUCCAUCGUAAUGGCGAUCAUAUUACUCAUGUGCUUAAGUUAAUUCAGAGAGGAACAUACAUGUUGUGGCUUUGAAUGGGAACUCCAGGCAAUGAGAGUUGCAACAUAUUGCAAGCCGAGUAUGUUAACGAAUCAUACAUAUUUGAUCGAAACUACCGAAAUUUCUAACUCGGCACAAAAAUCUUACUCCACUUGAAGGUAAUCUUUCACUGAAUUUGUUCAUAUAAUUAUAAUCAUUGUUCUUGGUUAAAAUGUUACACAAUCUUCUUACACAUUGUUCUGUAACAAUUUUAAUUUGUUUGAAAAGCCACGAAGUGAUCACUAUGUUUUGUUUAAGCACUUCCGUUUCUGAUUCAUGUAUAGUUUUAUAAAUCUAUGCUUUUGAGUUUUGAUGCUCUAUUUUCUUCUCUUAUAUUCUAGAAUAAACAUUUCUAAUUACU